AUGUCUUCAGGCUUGCCCUACUUACAAAAGCUGCGCAAGUCGGAUCUGACCGAGUUCGCUGAAACAUCCAGACUGUCCGAUUAUGCUGGUUUGAAGAAGGCCGAACUCGAAAUCGCCUUGGACGAGCAUUUGCGCGCCAACUCGACCACUUAUGCCAAAGACCCUUCGUUGAGCGAAUACUACAAGCGGCUGGCAAGCAGUUCUAGGUCGCCUACCAAGAGGAUUGCUGAAAAGGUCUCGGAAGUCGUUAAAUCUGACGAAGAUGCUCCGGUUCCAGCGAAGAAAGUCCGGCGCAAGACUACAACCGCGCCAGUCGAGGAGACGACCGACACUGACUCACCCGCUGGUGCUCUGAUCAAAUCUCCCGCCAAAGAGCUUGCUCGUCGAUCGUCCAUGUUGACCUCUCAAAUACCCAUGCCACCAUCCCCCGCCGCCGUCACGGAUGCAAUCGAUCAACAGACGCGUCGCAUUCGCACUUCUAUCUCUCAUGCAUACGAUCGAACUCAGAUUCAUCAAUAUGCUGAUUCAACGCGUGAUUUGCUUUCCUCGCCAUUGACUGUCAGCAUCUUGGCAAUUCUGCUCGAAGCGUACGGCCUCCGUGGGAAAAUUCUCCCCAAUAAGAUUCUCACUGAAGUUCCUGCACUUCCAUACCUCACUACAAAGCCGAUACCUGUCAAGGUUCCAGAUUUAUUCCUCUUACUCGAGCAAAAAUUCUGGGCCCCAUUCACGCUCUGGUUCCUGGCAUCCUUGAUUGUCCCAGCAAUCAUCUCUUAUUUCAUCAAUUUGCCCUUGAAGGCUCACCCAAGCUACACUUAUUCGACCAGGCGCGCCACUUUAGAGGCCAAUUCUCAGCUCCAGUUUGAUCCUUUCGUCUUCAACCUCGCCAAGGGCUUGCUUGCAUACUUGAUCUAUGCACAACACUUUGACCUGGGAGGUCUUUACACCCACCACACGAUUGCCACUGUGAACGAGAGUAUCCUGGGUGGUUAUUUCAGCAUCCUCAUCAGCUCAGGCCUCGGGGCUGCAGUGGGGUUGUACGAGGCGGUUUUGAAGAAGUAG